AUGAAGAAAUUUCUCCGAUUUCUGUUUCUUUUCAACAUCUCUGUUACUCAAUUCCUUACUGUUUCUUCUUCAGCUUCAAACCCUUCUAUAGCUCCUGUUUCCACUUCCAUGGCUACUUUCUCUCCUGGAAUCAAAAUGGGAAGUGGGGAAGAACACAGAUUAGAACAUAAGAAACUUCUGAUUGGUCUCAUAAUCAGUUCCUCUUCUCUUGGUGUCAUAAUCCUUUUCUGUUUAGGCUUCUGGGUUUGUUAUCGACGAAAGAAAUCUCCCAAUUCCAUCAAGAAUUCAGAUGCCGAGAGUGGGAAUUCAUCAUUCACCAUGUUUAUGAGGAGACUAAGCUCGAUUCAAACUCAGAGGAGACCAUCUUUCAACAAAGCUUAUGUGCAGUGUUUCGAUUUCAAGACUCUGGAAAAAGCAACCGGAGGUUUCAAAGAAAGUAAUGUAAUAGGACAAGGCGGUUUCGGAUGCGUUUACAAAGCUUGUUUUGACAAUAACACGAAAGCCGCAGUUAAAAAGAUCGAAAAUGUUAGCCAAGAAGCAAAACGAGAGUUUCAGAAUGAAGUUGAGUUGUUAAGCAAGAUUGAGCACUCGAAUAUUAUCUCGUUGUUAGGCUCAGCGAGUGAGAUCAACUCAAGUUUCAUCGUUUAUGAGCUGAUGGAGAAAGGAUCAUUAGAUGAUCAGUUACAUGGACCUUCUUGUGGAUCAGCUCUAACAUGGCAUAUGCGUAUGAAGAUUGCUCUUGAUACAGCUAGAGGACUAGAGUAUCUCCAUGAGCAUUGUGAUCCACCAAUUAUCCACAGGGAUUUGAAAUCGUCUAAUAUUCUUCUUGGUUCUUCCUUCUGUGCCAAGAUUUCGGAUUUUGGUCUUGCUGUAUCGGUUGGUGUGCAUGGCAAGAACAACCUUAAGCUUUCAGGGACACUUGGUUAUGUUGCCCCAGAAUAUCUCCUAGACGGAAAAUUGACGGAUAAGAGUGAUGUCUAUGCGUUUGGGGUGGUUCUUCUUGAGCUUUUAUUAGGUAGACGACCGGUUGAGAAAUUGACUCCAUCUCAGUGCCAAUCUCUUGUGACUUGGGCAAUGCCACAACUUACUGAUAGAUCAAAGCUUCCAAACAUCGUGGACCCGGUUAUAAAAGAUACAAUGGAUCUAAAGCACUUAUACCAGGUAGCAGCCAUGGCUGUGCUAUGCGUGCAGCCAGAACCGAGUUAUCGACCGUUGAUAACCGAUGUUCUUCACUCACUUGUUCCAUUGGUUCCGGCAGAGCUUGGAGGGACUCUCCGGUUAACACGAUGA